UGGCAGAGCGCAGUCACCUUUGUACGAGUGAGGUUGUGUGCCUGUGUGCGUGUGGCGAGCCCAUUUGCGUAUCACCAUUUGAAACAAUAGUGGUUCAGCAGCGAGGGAAACAUGUCUUCCCUAUUGCGUGCUCUCUUCAAUGGCACAAGCAAGCAUAAGAAGCUCUCGGAGGAGUGGGCCAGCAUCCGCGAGCCGGUGGUGGAGGGCGUGACGUUCUACUGCAAGUACCUGGGCUCGACGGUGGUGGACGAACCGAAGGGCGAGGCGUCCACGGCGGAGGCCAUCAAGCGCAUCAUCCACGCCGCCAAGCAGAAGGGACGCAAGCCCGAGCGGGUGAGCGUCCACGUGUCGCUGCAGGGGAUCCGGAUGUCCGAUACGGCCUCCAGCGACACGCUCCUCGAGACCUCCAUUUAUAAGAUCUCGUACUGUUCGGCGGACGCCCACUACGACCACGUCUUCGCCUUCAUCGCCACCAGUGACAAUGAGAUCUGCGAGUGCCACGCUUUCUUGUGCCCCAAGAGGAAGAUGGCUCAGGCUGUAACAAUCUCGAUUGCCCAGGCCUUCAAUUUGGCUUACGAGUAUUGGAAGAUGGCGGUGGAGAGCAAGAACGGGGAAAUCUAUGCCAAUGAGGAGCUCCCUGCUGAGGUCAAGCAGGUGGCUCCCGGCGGGGGGACCCACACGCCCACGCCCGCCGUCGUCCAGCACCAACCGUCCAGCCAGUCCUCUUCGCCCAUCCCCAUUCGGUCGGAUUUUGGCUCCUCGGACAACAGCUCCUCAGGUUACCAGUCCAGUACACAAGCACUUUUAAUUGAUUUGGACGACUCGUCCGAUAUAACCGCGGAAACCAAAAAUAAAGCAAGUUUAAGCAAGAACAUCAUCAGUAAACCUUGGGAUGCCUUUGAAGACUUCAGUGAGUUUAAUGAAGGAUUCUCAAGACUUGCGUUGAGACACGCACAAAAAUCUCCUCUCCCCUGGACAUCCCCAACGGGAUGGGCAGGCAUCGACGAUCUUGCAGCAUUCACGGAUCACCCUCCAGCUUCUCCGACCGAGAAUGGCUUCUGGCCGUUAGCUAGUUCUCCCCCAACCAGCCCUCUGCCUGCCAACUCGUCCUCAAGCCCAUGGUCAAUGGGACAGUCUCCACCAGAUACCUGGGAGAACUUCUCCAGCUCUCCCAACACAGCCUUCCUUCAUUCUUGUCAGUCCCCUCCCUCACAUCACAUGUUCUCACGAUUCCCAGAGUCAUUUGCUACUGAUGAAAAUGAUGACUGUAGCAGCAGUAAGCAGCCAAACUCUGUGUUGAAGCCAGAACCAACUUCCAGUCAUGAUGUGGAUAAUUCUUUUAAUCCCAGAGAGUCUCUGAGUGACCCUUUCUCCCCUCUCACCCAGAAAAAUGAAGCAUUGGGGGUGAGUCAUAGCUCUCCCUCAACCCACAGUGGAUGUGGCACCAGCCACCCAGCCUGGAAUGGAGAUCUGUUUGAUGGGAGGAAAAACAGCAAAGUUGUGUGCUCUUGAAGCAUUUCUGAGAGCUGUCAUUCGGAACUUCCAAUUUCUAUUUUUUCAGUUUUCGACUGUUUUGGUCUUUAUUUUUUACUUGAAUCAGCAGCUGGGAUUUUACAAGUGUCUCCACAUUUUAUAAUGCAUAGAUGGUAUAACUCCCUUGGGAGAGCAGUUGUGUGUGUGUGUGUGGAAAUUGUUAAUAUACAUUUAGAUUUUGCACAUAUUCUAUAUGUUUACUCAAAAAUGUAAUUAUCUUUGUGAUACAUGUUCAUAUCUCCAAAUGAAUUCUAGUAUAUGUAUAAUACAGUUCUAUCCUAAAGUAUGAUGAUAGUUUAAUGUUAUUUGCAUCUCCAGGAUACCUGUAUUGCUACCAAGAAGGUUUGUGUUUUGCUUAGACUGAAAUGGACUUUAUACCGUAAGUCAGUUAAUGCCAGAAACACUUGUUAAUGUCUGAUUAAUCUAAGUUUCUUUGCAGGAGUAAAUGUCAGUGUUGAUAAUUUUUAGUAAUGCAGGUAUAACUGUAACAUACAUAUUAUUACACGAGACAUUUACAUGGUUCAUGUUCUGCAAGGUUGAGUAACACAGCUGAAGAUUUCUGUAUUAUAGUUAUUUAAAAAAUAUAUUAUUAAUAAUAAGCCAAGUAAAAGAUAAUUGUUCUCAGUGUUGGUGCAUGGAGUUUGCUGGAGGCUAGUUUUAGUUGAUGGGUUGGUAGGACAUAAAAAAUCAUAUGUAUAUGGUAUUUAACUUUUCAUCUUCAUCAGCAUUAUUUCAUAUUUUCAUGAUACACUACAGCAAAGGGAGAGGAAAGGUAAAGAGUUUACCAUAGUGUGCUCAGUUCAUUGAAAAGUACUUGCCUUUCUGUUUAUAGGAAAGAAGGAAUUUUUUUUAAGAGAGGGGGAUGGGUAUUCAUAUUGUGCUUAAUUGGAAAUAAUGGAUUACUUUUUAUUUUUCAUUAGUAAUAAGAUUUUAGUGUUACUUUUUUUAGUCUUUUUCUUCUAUUCAAGUGAUAAGAUUAAGGUACAUGUUUGUUAGGAUCAGGAGUCUCUUAGUGUACUAAUUGUAAAGAUGCGUUUCCCACAAGAUUUAUUUUUACUCUUGAUAAUGAAGGUCCAUCAUUCAAAAUUUUGAUGUUCUUUUUUUAAAAUAAAGCAUUGGCCAUUUUCUCCUUUUUAAGAUAUUGAAACAGAGUUGAAAUCUCAUUUUUUCACCCAGUGUGAACACUGAGGUUAAUAAAUACGUUAGAUUAUAUUCAUAUAUU